GUGAAAUUCCUAGAAUCCGUAAUGGAGCAUUCACAGUGCGACGUCUUGGACCGGCGUAUUUCAGGCUCAGCGGAUGGAUGCGAGAUGAAGAAUACGAAGAAAUACCUGUCGGAACAGAAAUAUCAUCACGUCGCAUGUAUCAUCUUCGUUGCUUCGAUGGAUAUUCAGUUCUAGGGGGUUCAUCAGCUCUUGCGGUAAUAUGCCAGAAAGGCAAAUGGUACCCUAACCCAGUCUGCCUCCCUCAUGGCGUGCCAUACAUGGAAGCAGUUGUGACAGCUGCUUCGACAUCAAAACCAUCAGUGCCGAGGACAGUCGCCGUAGCUGAAUUAUCGUCUACGGAGUCUAAUCUAAAGCUUUCGAGGAUAACAACGCAGCUACCAACUAGUUCCGGUGCCGACGGUAAGGAAGUAGACCAGCCUCACACAGUGUCCGUCGCUGAAAAUAAUAAUGUGGCAGAACGUUGCUACUGCGAGUAUAAUAGUCCGGAUAAGAAUUUGGUAGCUUAUGCCGGAAAUGAACAAGUACAGAAUGGAUAUAAAGUAAAGUUCAACUGCACAUUAAAAUUUCACUGCAAAGAAAUUGGAUACUACCGCUUCACGGGUCCAAAGGAAAUGACCUGCAUAGAUUGUCGCCCUUUUCAUUUUGCUGCGUAUCCUCAGUGCCAGGAACCUGUGCAUAGUGAUACAGUUAUUUUUUUCGAUGGAAACCUGAAAGUGAUGUCUGAUGGAACCCUUUCGUUGAAACAAGGGGUAACUGUGAGACUAACAUGCAUUGGGACCAUCAAAUAUCCAGCCUGGACAUUUCCAGAAAGUGGAAAUACUCAUACUUAUUAUGAGGUCAAAAAUACCCGCGACGGAAAAAUUUACACUGCAGUAUUAGACAUUGUGGUACCAAGUUCGAAGCAUGAUGGAAAGUACAAUUGCGCUAUGGAAGGAUAUGCUCCGACUACUAUCAACAUAAAAGUAUUUGAAAUCAGGUGCCCUGCAUUUAAAGAGUCCGAAGAUAUGUUAAUAGAAUAUACCGCGGAGCAGAGAUCCGGUAGCAUAGCCACAUUCUUCUGCGGUAAAGAUGAUGUAUAUGGAACCUCCAAAUGCCUAGAAACUGGUGACUGGUCAGCGUCGAUGCCAUCUUGUUCAAAGGGCUUGUGUGAACCUCCAGUUGCACCUGAGAAUGGAAUGAUUGUUAUCAAGCCUAGUGUACCUAGCAUCGGAAGCAUCGUGUCAUAUGCGUGCCAGGAGGGUUUCAGAUUGCAAGGAGUUCAGACAACAAGAUGCCUUGAAACUUUAGAAUGGACAUUUGCAGCUCCUAAGUGCUUACGUAAACAACUAAACACAAGUAGAUGCUACUUGAAAGAUCUAAGAAAGAAAACGGGUGUAUCUCUCGAAUCUAGAGAAGUUACCAAUCACAAUGAAUAUCUGGAUGUUGUGUGUGAUCAUGAAUAUACUCCGACAGGCGAGCAGCCAUUUUGCUUCGAAGGAAAGUGGAAUGAACAUUUAUUAUCUCCGUGCCAAGAAAGAAGUUGUGAAAUUUCUAGAAUCCAUAAUGGAGUACUUACAGAGCGACGUCUUGGAAUGCGGUAUUGGACGAGGAAUGGAAGAGUGCGAGAUGAUGUAUUCGAAGAAAUACCUGUCGGAACAGAAAUAUCGUCAGGUAACGUGCGCCAUCUUAUGUGUUUCGAAGGAUAUUCAGUUCAUGGGUCUGGUUCUUCAUAUCUUCCCGUAACGUGCCUGAAAGGCAAAUGGUACCCUAACCCAGUCUGCCUCCCUCAUGGCACACCAUAUGUAGAAGAAGGAGUCACAGCUGCUUCGACAUCAAAACCAUCGGUGCAGAGAACAGUCGUCGUAGCUGAGGUAUCGUCUACGGAGCCUAAUCUAAAGCUUUCGAAGAGGACAACGCAGCCACCAACUAGUUCCAACACCGAUGGACCACCAUGUUCUCUAGAAUCUCUUUAUCAAGGGCUUCCGGAUAAAGUAAUCAUACUUGGGGAUCAAUUGGAUAAUGAUGUUGUCCCAUAUGGAACUAGCGUUCCGCUGGCAUGCGAAGAUGGUCUGCGACUACAAGCCAAAGCUGAAGCUAAAUGUAAAGAAUAUCAGAAGUGGAAAAUUCCCAGUGUCCGUUGUGUUUCCGGAUGUGGACCUAUCCCGAAAGCUGAUAAUUCUCAACUCAUCAUAGAACCUGAAAAAGAAUUUUAUGUAUUUGGGGAAGCUGUAAUAUUUUCAUGUCCUCUAGGCCAUACUUUAACUUCAGAGCUUCAACUUGUUGUGUGUUUAGGCAACACCUGGUCAGCAGAUGAAUUUCCAGAUUGUAAAAAUGUGUAAAUCGUGUGUAAAUAUAGAACAUUAAUACAGUCCUUUUAACAAAAGAAAAAGACACUGUUUUCUAAUUACCUUUUUCAAGUCUGAAAUAUAUCUCAUGAAGCCUC